AUGGGGCGCCCUGCCCUGGACGUGUCUGUGCGGGCGGGCCUGGACGGGAGGCGCGGCGGAGGCGGGAGACCCCAGCCCAGGCCCCGUGCGGCCCGGGCGCGGCGGGAGGGGGCGCCCGCGGCCCUCCCGGCGCUCGCGCGGGACAAAGGCCGGAGCCCCGGCCCCUCCCGCGCCCGGGCCGCCCCCCGGCGCCCGCCGCCUGGCUUCUCGGCGCCCGAGGUCGCGCGCGCGCGGAGAGAGGCGGGGGGCGAGGGGAUCUCCAAGCGCCGCCGCGCCCUCCUCGCGCCCGCCCCCGCGCCCGCCCGCUCGGCGGCGGCGAGGAGGCGGAGACGGCUGGCAGGCGGCGGCCGGGAGAGAGCGCGGCGGCCGGACCGGGGGCCAUGGCGCCCCGCGCAGCGCCCGCUGCUGCCGCUGCUGCUGCUGCUGCUGCCGCUGCCGCCGCCGCCGCCCUGCGCGCGCGCGGAGGACGCCGCCCGCGGCAACUCGGACCGCUACGCCGUGUACUGGAACCGCAGCAACCCCAGGUUCCACGCGGGCGCGGCGGGCGACGGCGGCGGCUACACGGUGGAGGUGAGCAUCAACGACUACCUGGACAUCUACUGCCCACACUACGGGGCGCCACUGCCCCCCGCGGAGCGCAUGGAGCACUACGUGCUGUACAUGGUCAACGGCGAGGGCCACGCCUCCUGCGACCACCGGCAGCGCGGCUUCAAGCGCUGGGAGUGCAACCGGCCCGCGGCGCCGGGGGGCCCGCUCAAGUUCUCCGAGAAGUUCCAGCUCUUCACCCCCUUCUCCCUGGGCUUCGAAUUCCGCCCCGGCCACGAGUACUACUACAUCUCUGCCACGCCCCCCAACGCCGUGGACCGGCCCUGUCUGCGCUUGAAGGUUUACGUACGGCCGACCAACGAGACGCUGUACGAAGCGCCCGAGCCCAUUUUCACCAGCAACAGCUCCUGCAGCGGCCUGGGCGGCUGCCUCCUGCUGUGCACCGUGCCGGUGCUCUGGAGCCUGCUGGGCUCCUAGUGCCCGCCGGACGCCCACCCCGACCGCCUCAGAGACCAAAACGCUCUGCCGCUCCCCGACCGGUGCUGCCCGGGCCGAGCGCCUCCCG